AUGAACGGCAGCUGCUGUGCUUUUGAUGAACCCAUCUUAAAUGUUGUUCUUCCUCCUAUGCUCCUGUUGGAGUUCAUUCUUGGACUGCUUGGUAACAUUCUUGGGCUGUGGAUGAUCUGCUGUGAUUUCAAGUCCUGGAAGCCAAAUUCUGUAUACCUGUUCAGCCUGACUUUGGCUGAUAUUGUGGUUGUUUUCUCUGUGCUCUUCCGUGCAGAUUAUUACCUUCGCCAUCAACACUGGGUGUAUGGCGACAUCCCCUGCAGAUUAUUGCUCUACAUCCUUGCUGCUGCUAGAGCUGCCGGCAUGAUCUUUCUAUCGCUUAUUGCUCUAAAUCGUUACUGCAAAAUCUUGUUCCCUUUUCACAGAGUGAAUAACAUUACCGUGAACCAAGCUGGGUGUAUAUGUGUUACAUUGUGGAUAUUUAUCUUUGCAAUGCACUCUUACAUCCUAAAAGAUCCACAUUUUUUCAAGCUGAACAACGGAACACAGUGUGAAAGUUUUAACAUUUGCCCACAAUCCCUAAUUGCCUGGCAGGAUGCAUUCUAUAUAUCUGUCUCAUGCCUGUCUUUGCUGACUAUAUCUUACUGCACAGUGUCCAUUGCUUUACACUUGAAGGACCAUGCCAUUGAUACAAAUGGAAAGGUGGGGAGGGCAAUGACAUUCAUUGUGUUAAUUGCUACUGUAUUUUUUGUAUGUUUUGUACCUAGUGCUACAGUCAGAGUCGCAAUCUGGGUCUUAAAGUCCAUGAAAUAUGAGGACUGUGCAAGCUUUAGGAACUCAAGCCUUGCAUUUUAUUUAACUAUCUGCCUAACUUACUUUUACAGCAUGCUUAAUCCCAUGUUAUAUUACUUUUCAAGUCCAUCCUCUCAUACUGUACUUACAAAGUUAUGGAACAACAAAGAAUUUAAGUCAAGUGGACCCCAUUAA